AUGGUGACCACUCACACACACAUCACCCUGUCACUCCUGCUGUUCCACAUUCUCCCGGCCACAACGACUCAGGUUGAUGACCUCAUCGAUGACGUCAUUGUUGCCACGGACCGUGGCAGAGUCCGGGGCACUCGGCUUCCCGUACCAGGUGGUGGAUAUGUCAGGGCAUUCCUGGGAAUUCCCUAUGGGAACCCCCCCGUUGGGGAACUGCGUUUUCGCCCUCCUCAGCCUGCAGAUGGGUGGACAGGGGUACUACACGCCACACACUACCCCAACUCCUGCCUCCAACCCCAGGAUGCAUUAUUUCCUGGGUUCCGUGGAGCUGAGAUGUGGAACCCCAACACCAAGAUGAGUGAAGACUGUCUCUACCUCAACAUAUGGACUCCUCCCCCUUUGUUUAAGACACACCCUAAACGUUACAAGAGCUCCUCCCCUGGUUCCUCAUUGGCUCCUGUCAUGGUGUGUAUAUACGGAGGCGGGUUCACUACAGGCACCGCCUCCCUAGACCUGUAUGACGGACAAUUCCUUAGCCAAUCAGAAGGUGUCGUGGUGGUGUCUAUGAACUACAGGCUCGGCCCAUUGGGUUUCCUGUCUCUUCCUGAGAGCGAGGGUGUCCGUGGUAACGCUGGAAUGCUGGACCAGCGCUUGGCUCUGUACUGGGUAGCCAAUAACAUUGCUGCCUUCGGUGGCGACCCUUCAAAGGUGACGUUGUUUGGGGAAAGUGCUGGCUCUGCGUCUGUAGGUCUCCAUCUCCUCUCCCCUGGCAGCCAUGGUCUGUUCAACAGGGCAAUACUACAGAGUGGUUCUCCUAACACUCCAUGGGCUGUCAUGACUCAACAGCAGGCCUGGAACAGGUCCCUGUCCCUGGGUAGGCUGCUGGGUUGUCCCCUGGCACCUCUGGCUGUCUUGGAGCAGUGUCUACAGAAAGCCCAUCCAGAGGAUAUAAUCAAGCAACAGUACAACGUCCUCUCUCUCCCCACACUCCUAGCAUUACCAUUUACCCCCUCUGUCGACCAAAACUUCCUACCAGACAUGCCAGAGGUUCUGCUCCGGACGGGACACUUCCUGAAGACAGAGGUGCUGAUUGGUUUGAACCAAGAUGAGGGGACCUACUUCCUGGUUUACGGGGCGCCAGGAUAUGACAUCACUAGCCAGAGCCUGAUCAGCAGGGAGAACUUCCUGAAAGGGGUGGACCUAGUGUUGCCGGGUUUCAGUGAUGUCGCAAGGGAGACAGCCAUCUUCCAGUACACUGAUUGGACGGAUGAGAAUAGUGGGAUGAAGAAUCGUGAUUUGCUUGGGCGAAUGUUGGGAGACCGUGAUUUUAACUGCCCUGUGCUGGAGUUUGCCCAGAGGUACACAGAACACGGGGGUAAGGCCCACCUCUUCCUGUUUGAUCACCACUCCUCCACCAAUCCCUGGCCAGCAUGGAUGGGCGUGAUGCACGGCUAUGAGAUUGAGUUUGUCUUUGGAAUGCCGCUGAACAGAACCCUGGGAUACCUGGAGGAGGAAGUGGUCAUGAGCAGGAGGAUGAUGAAGUACUGGGCAAACAUGGCUAGGACCGGGAACCCAAGCAUAGAGGAAGGGGAUUGGACACUUUUCACCGUGGACCAACAGGAAUAUAUCACCCUAAACUCAUCCCCUCCACACACACAAAAGAGGCUUGCAGCUCAUCAAUGCCAGUUCUGGAACAACUUCCUCCCCAAACUGCAGGACGUCACUGUGAGCGUAGAUGAGUUAGAACAGCAGUGGAGGAAUCACUUCCAUCGUUGGAUGUCGUACAUGUUGGAGUGGAAGAAUUACUACUCUGACCACAGCAUGAGCAGCCCAGAGGGUCAGAAGCAGCAGGACUGUGACCAGAGGCCCUUGGAGCCCUAG